GUAAAGUCCAUAACCAACAGCAACAAAGAGAACUCCCAGGCCCCGCCAAGACCGAGUUCUUUCACGGGUUUUAACAAGUUUUUGGCGGCCACCUUGCGUUUUCCUCCCUUCCCGAGAGCUGACAGCCAAGUUAUAAUCAGGACAUCCUACUUUGACUUCUGUUUUGUGUGAGGGAACAAUGUCCAUGGAGCAAGAUGGCGACUUCCGCAUCUUGGUGGCUACUGACACUCAUCUUGGGUAUGCAGAGAAACAUCCUGAAAGAGGCAAUGACAGCUUUGUGGCCUUCGAGGAGGUGCUGCAGAUGGCAGUAGAGCAUGCCGUAGACUUCAUCCUCCUUGGAGGCGAUCUCUUCCAUGAGAACAAGCCAUCUCGCCACUGCCAAGUGCGCUGUAUGGACCUCCUACGUAAAUAUACCUUUGGGGACAGGCCGGUAUACUUCGACAUCCUCAGCGAUCCUUCAGUUAACUUUCCACACACCAAACAGGUUAAUUACCGAGACCCAAACCUGAAUGUGGCAAUACCUGUGUUCUCCAUCCACGGGAACCACGACGAUCCCUCAGGUCUUGGGUUCCUGUGUGCCUUGGAGAUGCUGUCCAGUGCCGGGCUCAUCAACUACUUUGGGCGGGUUACUGAUCUGAAUGAGGUGAGGAUGUCGCCCAUCCUCAUGCAGAAGGGGAAAGCCAAGCUGGCUCUGUACGGGCUCUCCUCGGUCAAGGAUGAGAGACUGCACCGCCUCUUUGUGGAGAAUAAGGUCAAAAUGCUCCGCCCCAAAGAAGCCAUGACGGAGUGGUUCAACAUGCUGGUGGUGCAUCAGAAUAGGGCCAAGCGAGGUCCCUCCAACUACUUGCCCGAGUCUUUCCUGGACCCCUUCAUCGACCUGGUCAUCUGGGGCCACGAGCACGACUGUAUCCAGGAGCCCAAACAGUCCAGUCAGAAUUUCCACAUCCUUCAGCCAGGCAGCUCUGUGGCGACCUCCUUGUGCCCCGGCGAGGCUCUGCCAAAGUGCGCCUUCCUGCUCCAAGUCAACAGCCAGCAGCAGUUCAAGGUGGAUCCUCUGCCCCUCAAGACUGUCCGCCCCUUCAUUUUUGAGGAAAUCGUUCUCUCCGAAUUUGAUAUCGAUGAGGAAGUGAGGCAGUUGAAGGGCAAGAUGGAGGAAGUUAAAGAGAACAAUGCACAUGAUAGGUUGAUGAAGGGCAACCUGUGGGCAGGGGCCAAAGGCAAGGGAGGCCGUGGGCGGAGGGCUGGCGAGAUCCUUCCUCAGCCUAAAAUCAAAGUGAAUCCUGUGGAGGUAUUCAUAGAGCAACGCGUGAGGGAGCUCCUGAAGAAAACAAAGGCGCUGCAGACAGGGCACCCAAAACAGCCAACUCUUCCCCUGGUAAGGAUACGAGUGGUCUACACGGAGGAGGAGCAGAUGUUCAACGCCUGCCGCUUUGGGUACAGGUUUGAGGGCUUGGUGGCCAACACAGAGGACGUGGUCAUCUUUGCCCGAGAGAAGGCUGAGAGGGGAACUAAGACGGAAGGGCUAGCCUCUGCUCUUCCCGACAAUCUCAUCAAUGUAGACGAUGUCAACAGCACUGUAGAGGAGCUGGUGGAGGAAAUCUUCAAAGUCGGUUCCCUACCAGGCUGUGAGAUGCACCUCCUCACAGAACGUGGGAUGGGCAGCGCUGUUACUGCUUUUGUAGAGAAGUCUGACAAGCAUGCCUUGUCCAACAUGAUAGACCACCAGAUGAAGCGUACGCAGGACUACAUCGUUGGUCUCGAUAAGGAGUACGACAACCCAGACGACCUUGAAGCGGACAUCCAGGCCUUCAAGGCAAUGCGCUGUACUGACGUCAAGCUACAGAGGGAGGAGGAGGAGUUUUUGGAGACUUUCCAAAGCACAGGUGCCUCUGCGAAGAGCUCUAUAGCGGACUCUGAUGAUGACUCGCCGCCUGACAUUGGCAGUUUGGCGUCUUCAGACAGUGAUGGGGAUACUGGAUCUACAGCAUCAUCAAGAGGCAGAGGCAGAGGCAGCAGAGGUGGAAGGGCCAGCACCAGAGGAAAAACCACCACCUCCACACGGGCCCGCAGGGGACGGGGCAGGAUAUAAGUGCGUGGAGGGGAGGGGCCGCAUGAAGCGUGUCCUCAUGUGAUGGACGAGGGAGCAAGAGUAUUAGGGCUGGUGGGUAAUAAGCUGACUGAAGUAUGAAAGUUAUAAGUAAAUAAAAACCCAAACUCAAAAGCUGCUGUCUGAC